GAAAUCGUUUAACAUUCUACUGAUUGACAUGUUUUCUGUUGUGCGCUCACAUUUCGCUUGUGGCGUCACACCCCAUGUGCCACUCCGCCACAUUUAUCUCACCGCACGGCAGUAUAAAAAGGAAAUUCGAUUCUCUGUUGAUGGUAAGAGGACCACAAUCGAAGGAGUACUUGUCCCAUCCGAACGUUUCGGUAAAGUUGUUCGGUUAGACGGAUUCGGUGACCCUCGUGAUACCGAUCCGAUUAGCCGUCUUGGACUAAAUUUGAAACACACAGAUAUUCGCAUACUGUGCCAGUUUUUAAGACCGGAUGGCACUGUUCUCCCACGAAACGUUAGUGGAAUAAGCCUGCACAAUCAGUUAAAGGUGGAGUGCUUGAUUGAACGUGCUCGAAAAGCCGGUCUUCUUCCUGUCCGAAUCACUGCUGACGGGGAACACGUCUACGAACAACGCUGCAGGCACCAGUUUAAUGUAUACUACGAUUCAGAUAUCGUCGGUUUACCACUAGCAAAGAAGAAACGAAUCUACAAAUACGUUCGUCCCGAUUAGAAAUAUUUGCAUGACUCACUCCUCCGGGGAUCUUCGGGCCGCCCGUUCUUAUUCAUUCAACGCGUUUGCUAUGCUAUGGGAUAAAUAAACGCUCAACCUCUUGCAUUUUUAAAGCGUUACUCUCUUACGUGUAUUUUUUGGCGCCAUACCCGUAUUUUGCUAUCCACAACCAACUUCUUCCGCUGUCUUUUCGCUACCUUGCACCGGAGGCACAGCAUUUUCGGCAUGAAGCUUCGAAAGAGUUUACGAGGAAAGACUAGUGGACCGUUAUUGUGUCGUUUUCC